AUACCUCCAAAACACAUCUCUUAUUGCUGCUUUCUCAAUUCUUCUCUUCUUCAUUCUAAUUAUUAUUAUCAUCACACACAAGAAUGGGGAGGAAGUGUUCACAUUGUGGGAACAUAGGGCACAAUUCAAGAACAUGCACAACAUCACCUAUGAUGAUGAUGAUGAGAGGAGGAACAACAAAUAAUAAUAAUAGUUUUGUAGGGCUUAGGCUCUUUGGGGUUCAACUUGAUAUAUCAUCUUCAUCAUGUUGUGUUGCAAUGAAGAAAAGUUUUAGCAUGGAUUCAUUGCCCUCUUCAUCUUCAACAACUACUACUACUUCUUCCUUCUCAUCUUCAAGAUUACCCAUUGAUGAUAACAUCACCCUCAACAACAAUAAUUCUUCUGCUUUUGGCUACCUUUCAGAUGGUCUCAUCGUUCCUCCCCAAGACAGGAAAAAGGGAGUACCAUGGACAGAAGAAGAGCACAGAACUUUCCUUGUUGGACUUGAGAAACUAGGAAAGGGUGACUGGAGAGGAAUAUCUAGAAACUAUGUGACCACAAGAACUCCAACCCAAGUUGCAAGCCAUGCUCAAAAGUACUUUCUCAGAUUGGCAACUAUCAAUAAGAAGAAGAGACGCUCAAGUCUCUUUGACUUGGUUGGCAUAGGCAACAAUAACACAAAAACAGAAUUUCAUGAUGAUGUUGGUGGCAUAUCUAAUUGCAAAUCAGGAGAUUCAAGUGUUAUUGUUUGUAAUGAGUCAAAAUUAGAAGAAGUUGUUGAGAAUAAUGACAUUGAUCAUGCCACUCUAUCACUUCUAGGGCGCCUUACCCCAUUUCAUCAAGAAAUCAAAUCAGAUAAUGACCUAAAAGUAAAAACCAUUAACAAUGAUAAUUAUAAUCAUAAUCAUCAACAUCAACAUCAAGCUCAACCAUUUUGGCCUCAUCAUCAUCAACACAUGAAUUCUUCGUCAACAGUGCCUGAUUUGGAGCUCACUCUUGCAGCCCCAGAAGAUCAAAAUAAAUCAACAUCCCCCAGUUCCUUCUUUUUUGGUCCAAUUAGUGUUACUUAAACAAAAUUAUAUUAAGGUUUACAUGUUAUUAAUUACUCUUUAUAUUAAUAUUCCUUAGGGAGAUAUGCACCCUUUUAGGGAUAUACACCACUUAUAAUUAUUUAUGCAAUAAUAAGAUAUUUUAAUUUGAUUAUAUACUAAUUAAAUUCUUUGUAUAGUACUUCAAUAGAUAUGUAUAUUCAAUUGAAUAAUUUAUCUACUAUAUCAUGUCAUGGACAUCUAUACCUAUUCAUGGAGUUAUAUUAUUAUUAUUGUUA